AUGGGUUACCUUCAAGCUUUUAACAUUAGUCACAGGCUGGCAAGUUCCCGGUCCAUGGGAGUCGGGAGCAUCCCAGUUGAAGGCGUUGCCGGUGCACUUUGGGCCGCUCCAGGUGGUGAGGUGCGAGUCGGCAGCCACGAAGGCGGCGAGGGCAAGGGCAAUGGAGGUGGUAGUGAGCUUCAUGGUGAUGGGGGGAAAGUUAUGGAGGUCGGCUUAAAUCGCUUCAUCGAUCCAAGAUUGGAGUCUUCCCUUUCGCAACAUGUUGGAGCUGAAAGUCAUCCGAAGCGUCGCAUAACGUUCACGCUGACUGUUGAGAGCGGGUCGCCCAUCCCCACCUUCAGUAGCUAA